AUGUCUACUAGAUCAAUUGCAAAGAUAGUUACCGCUAACGAACAAGCCGAAGGUGCUGGUGCUAGAGUCAGAAGAUCAAUUGGGAUCAUGAAUCAAAGAAAUUUUGAUCCAUUCUUAAUGUUUGAUCAUUUUUCCAGUGCUGGUACUAAUGGGUUCCCAGAACAUCCACAUAGAGGUCAAGAAACUAUCACAUUAGUAUUGAAUGGUGCUAUGGCUCAUGAAGAUUUCACUGGAUCAAAGGGUAUUUUGUAUGCUGGUGACUUACAAUUCAUGACUGCUGGUAAAGGUGUUGUGCAUUCUGAGAUGCCAGUUGCCAAUGCUGACGGUUCUCCAACUGUUGGGUUGCAAUUGUGGGUCGAUUUGCCAAAUAAUAUGAAAGGUGUCAAACCAAGAUACAGAGAUUUAAGAGAAUGGGAAAUCCCAGAAGUUGUUACAGAUGACGGUAAAGUUACCAUCAAGGUCAUAUCUGGUAGAUCACAUGGAGUUGAAUCAGUCAAAGAAUUGGCUUACACCCCUAUCAAUUACUAUUACUACAAGGUCAAAGCCGGUGGUGAAUUUAAACAAGAAUUACAACCAGGAUUCAACUAUUUCUUGUAUGUGUUGAACGGAAGAAAUCUUGUGUUGAAUGAAGACACCAAAGUUGACAGAUACCAAAACGUCUUUUUCGGCGACAAAGGUGAUUUCAUCACUGGUAAGAAUGCUGCUACAAAAGAUAAUAACGAAACCGAAGUACAAUUCAUAUUAGUUGGAGGUAAGAAAUUAGAACAAGAAGUUGUCCAAUAUGGUCCAUUUGUUGCCAGUUCAAGAGAUAAUAUCCAAAAGGCUUUCCAAGAUUAUCAAUAUGGAAGAAACGGAUUUGAAAACAUUAAAACUUGGCAAACAUUGAUCAGUGGUGGUGUUACCAAAGAAAUGAUUGAAGGACCAUUGAAUGGUAAUCUUGAAAAAAGAGCUGCUAAGAAAAAGGCAUUCUUGGAAAAGCAACAAAAGAAAGCUGCCCCUGUUGCUGCUCAACCUGAACUUGUAAAAGACGAGCUUUAG